GGGAGUUGCCGUCGGAGGGGAAAUGCGAAAGGAUGCUUGGAAGCAGUGAAGGCUACAGCAGGUAACCGAUAAGAUGGUGGCCGGGGAAGCGACUGGGCACAGCUACCUGGUGGCUUGCUGGCAGCCCAUUCUGAUCCUGAUGCUGGGCACUGUGCUGUCUGGUUCCACCACAGGCUGUCCAUCCCGCUGUGAGUGCAAUGUUCAAGAGCGCUCUGUAAUGUGCCACCGCAAGAAGCUCAUGACAGUUCCCGAGGGCAUUCCUGCGGAAACAAGACUGCUGGACCUCAGCAAGAACCGAAUUAGAACCAUCAACCCAGACGAGUUUGCCAGCUUCCCCAACCUCGAACACCUGGAGCUCAGUGAAAACACGAUCUCCACCAUUGAACCUGGAGCGUUCAACAACCUUUACGGCUUGCGGACAUUGGGGCUGCGUAGCAACAAGCUUAAGCUGAUUCAGCUCGGUGUCUUUACAGGCCUAAGCAAUCUCACGCAGCUGGACAUAAGUGAGAACAAGAUUGUCAUCCUGCUGGACUACAUGUUCCAGGAUUUGUACAGCCUCCGGUCUUUAGAGGUGGGUGAUAACGACCUGGUUUUCAUCUCCCAUCGGGCUUUUCAUGGCCUAAGUAGCCUUGAGCACCUGAGUCUUGAGAAGUGCAACUUGUCCUCUGUACCAACAGAGGCUUUUACCCACCUCCACAGUUUGAUCACUCUCAGGCUGCGCCACCUCAAUAUCAAUGUGGUACGGGAUUAUUCCUUUAAACGGCUCUAUCGGCUGAAAGUGUUGGAAAUAGCCAAUUGGCCAUAUUUGGAUACGAUGACCCCAAAUUGCUUGUAUGGAUUAAAUCUCACCUCCCUGACCAUUGCAAAUGCCAACCUGACCACAAUUCCUUAUGUAGCCCUGCGGCACUUGGUUUAUUUGCGCUUUCUUAAUCUUUCAUACAACCCUAUCCAUACCAUUGAGGGGAAUAAGCUCCAUGAUCUUCUGCGUCUGCAGGAAUUUCAUCUGGUGGGAGGCAGACUGGCAAUGAUAGAGCCCUACUCUUUCCGUGGUCUAAACUACCUGAAGAUUCUAAAUGUGUCUGGGAACUCUCUUAGCACUUUAGAGGAGUCUGCUUUCCAUUCUGUUGGCAACCUGGAAACCCUUGCCUUGUAUGAUAAUCCCCUGGCCUGUGACUGCCGACUGUUAUGGGUUUUCAGACGACGCUGGCGACUGAACUUCAACAGGCAGCAGCCCACCUGUGCCUCUCCCGAGUUUGUCCAAGGCAAAGAAUUCAAAGAUUUCCCGGACGUUCUGCAGCCUAACUACUUCACGUGUCGCAAGUCUAGGAUUAGAGAUCGCAAACCCCAGCAGAAGUUUGUUGAUGAGGGAGCCAUUGUUCAUUUUGCUUGCCAAGCAGAUGGUGAUCCUGCUCCAGUGAUAAUGUGGCUAUCCCCGCAGAAAAAGUUCAUCACCACCAAGACAAUUGGAAGGCUCUCUGUGUUGCCAGACGGUACCCUUGAGGUGCGUUAUGCCCAGAUACAAGACAAUGGCACAUAUGUGUGUAUAGCUAGCAACGCAGGCGGAAAUGACACCUCUCUUGCUCACCUGCACAUUCAUAGCUACUCGCCUGACUGGCCACACCAGCCCAACAAGACUUUUGCCUUCAUCUCCAACCAACCCACAGAAACUGGUGCUAACAGCACAAAAGCCAAUGUCCCGUUCCCAUUUGACAUAAAGACGUUGAUCAUUGCGACCACGAUGGGCUUCAUCUCUUUUCUCGGCGUCGUCUUGUUUUGCCUGGUACUGCUCUUCCUUUGGAGCAGAGGUAAAGGGAACACUAAGCACAACAUUGAGAUCGAGUAUGUGCCACGCAAAUCGGACGCUGGCAUGAGCAGCAGCACAGUGGAUGCUCCUCGCAAGUUUAACAUGAAAAUGAUUUAACAGAGCUGUGGAAUUUAUUCAUUUUGAACUUAAAAAUAAGACAAAUGGAAAAGAAGACAUUUUCUUUCCUCUCUUACAAACCUGUGGAUCCUGGUCUGUUAACAUAGAGUAAUAUGUUUUUUCCUGACUGAAGGACUAGAGAGGAGGGGAGUGUCUUUCACAAGUGAGAGGGAAUGAAAGCUCAUCCAGUGCUACCGGGCAUUGGUGGUUUCUACAUGGCCUGUGGGGGCAUUAAUUGAAAGUCAGAUUUGUCAUAAGCAGUUCAUAUUCCUGUGGAUUUAUACUGGGAAAAAUAUAUCAGAAAAGAAAAACACUUCAAACAGCCAGAAGGCGAGGGGCAGAUCAUAUUUUGGCCAUUGCUGUUUUUUGUCUGUUGUU